AUGAUAUAUGGUCUAUGUGGAGCACAUAAGCGUAAUGCCCCAUGUAUGAAACGUGGGAGUUGUAAACGAGGUUAUCCUAAGCCCUUUUCAGCCAACACAUUUCAAGAGAAUGACUCUUAUCCCAUUUACCGUAGGCGAGAUGUUCACCCAAAUGCAGAAUCUGAUUUCAAUCAAAGUAGACAAGUAGAUAAUAGUUGGGUUAUGCCGUACAACCCUUGGCUACUCACAAAAUAUGAUUGUCAUAUCAAUGUAGAAGUCUGUUGCAGCAUUAAGAGUGUUAAGUAUUUGUACAAAUAUGUCUACAAAGGUCCAGAUAGAGUAACAUUUGAAGUUCGACCCGAAGCUAAUGAAGAUGAAAUAAGGAAUUUUGUUGACGCAAGAUGGGUUUGUGCACCAGAGGCUUUAUGGAGAAUAUUCAAAUUUGUAAUGAAUCGUAUGUAUCCUUCAGUGGAACGAUUGCAAAUUCAUCUUCCAAAUAGACAGAGUGUUUUCUUUAAUGCUAAUGAAAGGGUAACAGAUGUUCUCGCAAAUGAUAGAAACUCAAUGACGAUGCUCACAGAGUUUUUUACUAAGAACAAGUAUUAUGAAGGUGCGCGCCAAUACUUAUAUCGAGAGUUUCCUGAAAGAUUCAGAUGGAUUGGCAAACAUAAGACAUGGGAGGAAAGACAGACUAACCAAAAAGUAAUUGGAAGAAUAUAUACGGUAUCUCCUUCAGAAGGAGAAAAGUUCUACUUACGUGUUCUUUUGAACCAUGUUAGAGGGCCUACAUCAUACGAGGAUUUGAGGACAGUAGAUGGCAUCUCGCAACCAACAUUUAAGAAAGCGGCUGAACAAAGAGCCUCAUGGGGUACGAAGUUUAUGGAUGAAUUUUACCAAUUUAUGAUACAAGAUUAUGCUUCUUCAAGCACUGCAGUCAGUGCACGUAUCACAAACAGACUCUUACGAGACUUAAACGGAUUGCUGGUGCAACGUAGUAAAUCUGUUUGUGAUUAUGAUUUGCCUGAAAUGGCUGAAGAUUAUGGUGAAGAUUCGUCAAUGCCUAGGCUAAUACAGGAUGAAGUUUCAAUUAUCAUUCCUCAAGAAGACUGCGAUGCAAUUCAUCUCUUGAAUGAGGAUCAGUCAUUUGCAUACAACGCAAUAAUAUCAGCUAUUGAGUGCAAUGACAAUGCCAUAUUUUUCGUUGAUGGUCCAGGAGGGACUGGAAAAACAUACUUAUAUCGUGCACUUUUAGCAACCUUGAGAAGCAAUGAUCAUAUUGUACUGGCAACAGCAACUUCUGGAAUUGCAGCAACAAUAAUACCUGGUGGGAGAACGACACACUUCAGGUUUAAAAUUCCACUCAAUCUUGAUGCAUCUUCUACAUGCUCUAUUAGUAAACAAUCUAAUUUAGCAGAGUUGAUACGAAGAUCAUCAGCGAUUAUUUGUGAUGAGGUACCAAUGAUGCAUAGAUUUGCAUUUGAAGCUCUUGAUCGGACUUUUAAAGACAUAAUAGGUGGUGAUUUUCCAUUUGGGGGCAAAGUGAUUAUUUUUGGGGGAGAUUUCCGACAAGUUCUGCCUGUUGUCCAUAAGGGUACAAGGUCUCAGAUGGUCCAAGCCAGUCUGGUUAACUCUUCAUUUUGGAAAAAUGUGAGGAUUCUUCGUUUGCGGCAAAAUAUGAGAUCUAUCAAUGAUCCAGAGUUCUCAUAG